UCCCCAGAGACUGCACUGUCUUCUCUCUACCGUCGAACUUGCAGAAGCAGAAAACAUGGACAUUACCAUCCAGCACCCCUGGUUCAAACGAGCUCUUGGACCCUUAUUUCCAAGCCGUUUGUUUGACCAGUAUUUCGGAGAGGGUCUUUUCGAUUAUGAUCUCCUGCCUUUGUUCUCUUCCACCAUCAGCCCCUAUUACAGGCACUCUCUCUUCCGCACCGUUCUGGAAUCAGGCAUUUCAGAGGUGAGGUCUGACCGGGACAAGUUUACAAUCCUCCUGGAUGUAAAACACUUCUCUCCCGAAGAUCUGAGUGUGAAGAUUAUGGAUGACUUUGUGGAAAUCCAUGGCAAGCACAAUGAGAGACAGGACGACCAUGGCUACAUUUCCCGCGAAUUCCACCGCAGAUACCGCCUGCCUUCCAACGUGGACCAAUCUGCCAUCACCUGCUCCCUGUCUGCUGAUGGCAUGCUGACUUUCUCUGGCCCAAAAGUCCAGUCCAACAUGGACACCAGCUAUAGCGAGAGACCCAUUCCUGUAUCCCGAGAGGAGAAGCCCGCCUCGGCUCCUUCUUCCUAGGCUGAUCCUGCUGAUGAAGCAUCCAGGCGUCUGUCACCAUUCGCAGGCCUCAUUCACAGAGUCAUUACAUAGGUACCAGUGAAUAUCUAGAGGGGGUUAUUUUUUGUUUUAAAUUUUUCUUGGAUGACUGAGGGGCUGGGUGAGAAGCUAGUGGAUUUUGAAGCUUAAGCCUAAACAUUGUGAUGUCAGGAUGACAUGAAACAAGUGUGCUGCCAAACUGAUGUAUUUGCUGAAAAGGUCUUUAAACUGUCCUGGAUUUUGGUAACAUCUACCAAAUAUGAAUGAGUGCACAAUUAACAUUAGCUCCCAACACACCCAUCAUUAGCACAAGGCUUGUAUGGUGAAAAGCCCAGCAGACCUGCUCUAGCCUAAAGAAAUUAAAGUCGGAGCUAAGUUGAUUACUGUGAAAAAACCCUGAGAGACUGUGCACUUGCAAUGAAUGUGCCAUGAGUUUCUUAGAACAAAAGCGAGAACAACAGUGUGUAAUGUUUGGGAGUUGCAACAUUUUUUCAGCAAAGUCUUUAAGUGUAUCUGUUUACACCACUGCAGAGUCAUCUUCCAUUAGUGACAACUGAUGCAAGGACAAGCACGUCUUUCCAAUGUGUUUGUAGACCCUUUGGGGGGUCCAUCAUUGUGCUGAGGCUUCAAAUCCCUACCGAGCUCUCCCCAGCCUGCAUGUAGCACACCAUCUUUGUUAAUCUUGCUGUAAUUCUAAUAUAGCUCCAACUGUUCUAAUGAUAUCUGACACACAAUCUGAGA